UUGCAUAAUUCGAUUAUAUGUACUGACCGACAUUACUUCAAUCUGAUAACAGAACUGUGAUAGGUAUGGCGAAUGGUUUAGGAACAGCCGUCGUUUUCACUUGUUGCGUGUUGCUCGUUCUCGGAGGAUGCCCCUUGGAGUGGUCUGAAUAUCAAGGGGAGUGUUUACACUUCAGUAACCAUCCAAGAGGCUGGGUGGACGCCGCGAGAGAAUGCAGAAAGUACGGAGCAUAUCUAAUGACGGAUGACAACGAGGAGAAACAUAAUUUCGUUACCCAGGUCCUCACCGUUCUACAUGAAUUUCGGGAAACGGGGUUCUGGAUCGGAGCUGAUGACUACAUUUUUGAGGGACAAUGGCGCUGGAUAGAGACUGGAGGCAGUGUAGGGCCUUUCUCAAAAUGGGCCGCAGGUUACCCCUCAAAGAACACCACAAUGAACUGCCUCGUUAUGAAGUUCGAAGGAACCGAUCUGUAUUGGACAGAUGACCAAUGCAACCCCUGGACACACGGCAAAGAAAGAGGAGGAAACCAUUACUUUAUUUGUGAAAAGCCGUAUGUAUCUUGGUCAAUGAUUUCUUCUGGUAUUUAAUUCAGUUAGACAAAACAAUUUAUCCUUAUGCAUCGUACGGUUGUAUUUCCAGCUCAAGCGCUGAUGCCUCAGGAAUGAUUGGUUGAUGAAGAGUUCAUGAUUGUAUAUAGGAUAAGAAUAAAGUGAAAAAUUAG